AUGGACGACUCAAUUUUAAACGUCGACUGCUGGAUCCGUCAUGAACCCGAAAUCUUACGCACCGCCGCCUAUGUUCUUCCUCCGCAAGACGUUUUUGUGUUCCAGAUGAAGGUGAAAGACAUGGUUGGAUUGUUCCAGUUUCACCCAGAAGCCCAGUCCCCAUCGCAGCGCUAUAUUCUGGAUUAUUGGGAGCAUCACUUCCCCCAUCUUUCCAUGGAUUUCGUCAUCCCCUUCCCAAACAUAGCCGGAAGCGGCGGCAGGAACCGCGCCCGGCACAAAAUACACGAAAUGCUCGGAGCAGUCGGCAUUCCCAGGCAGAAACGCCGGCCGCUGCUGGGGAAGAUAUACUCCGAGGCGAUGAGAUUGGCUAAUAAGGCGCCCGACGGAGAAUACAAACGGAUCCCGAUUAUGGUGGUGCUGCGGAGAGCGUACGCUAGAACUAGGGUUAGAAACGACGACGUUGAGAGUGAAGUAGUUCCGGCGAGCAGAUCGGGGGAGAUCGAGGGGUUGGAGAGGGUUAUGGUUGAGGAAACGGAGGCUUGUGCGGUGUGCUUGGAGGAGAUGGAAGCGGGAUCGGAGGGGAGUAUGUUGCCUUGCAGACAUAUCUUCCAUGGAAGAUGCAUCGAUGCCUGGUUUGCGAAGGCCAUUUCGUGCCCGUUAUGCCGUUUUCAGCUUUCUUGCCGCGCUUUGACUUCGCCACAAAUAUUUGAAGAUGGAUGGAAUUAA